UCCAUCUCCCUUUCCCACCUCUUGCUUGGUCAAUGCUCAAAACCCCUUCAACUUUGUGAACUUCCAUGCCAUUGUCUAUCCCAUCUCUCUCAUAUCCUUAACCACUCUUAUCUUCUCCAUCCCAUUCUAAAGCCCCCACUUCUUUCUCCAACUUUGUGAAGUCAAUAUCCAAAAUCUUUGAACUGUCUGGCAAUCCAUCCUCCUCUGUUUUGUCUCCUGCAGCUCACUUUCUUCCCCAUCUUCCCCGCCCUACUAUGGUUCUCAACUUCCUCUAGUUUUCCUUGCUUGCUCUUUGAAGUCAAUGCUUAAAGACCCCAGGUCUCGCUGAGUAUUAUACCUCUGAUCCACCAUGACCUUCGAGGGAGGACCAGACCCAAACCUCUCACCCAAUCGCCACCACCACCAUCAUGUUCUGGACUGGUUGGAGGAUUCUGUGUCCUUCCUCUCCUCCUUCCUCGAUGAUUCGUACGCUGGAAACACUGCCGAUCAAAUCACCAACUAUGAAUGGUGGACUCAAGAAGAGGACCAGGCCAACAUGAUACACAAUCCUUUGGUCUCCACUCUCGCCACGUCUAAUAACUCUCCAUUACUUCCUCAAGCUGAAUUCUCCAAGAAGAGGAAAUUAUCGACGAACCCAACCACUCCGAACAAGAACCCAACACACCAAAACCGUCAGAGGAUUGCCAUCGAAGGUGAUGGAGGAUUUGAGGAGGAAGGUGAAGCAAACAAGAAGCCAGCGGCGACAGGGAGGAAGGGCCAUGGAAAAGGGAACGCGGGAAGCUCAAGCAAUGGCGUGAGCAAGGAAGUGAGAUGGGCUGAGCAAUUGCUGAAUCCAUGCGCUGCCGCCAUCGAAGCAGCAAACAUCUCGAGGGUCCGACACUUGUUUUGCGUCCUCCGAGAGCUCCAAUCAUUCUCCGGCGAUGCCAAUCACCGGCUCGCGGCCCACGGCCUGCGCGCCCUCUCCAACCAUACCUCCGCUGCAGGGAUCGCCAUCCCCGACCGCGGUGGCACCUCCGCGGCCACCUUCGCCACGACGGAACCGAAGCUCUUCCGAUCAGCGAUUAUCAAGUUCCACGAGGUCAGCCCCUGGUUCGCGUUCCCCAGCGCUCUCGCCAACGCGUCCAUCCUCCAAACCAUGACACUCGACCCCAACCGCCACGCUAGGUCGCUCCACGUGGUCGACAUCGGGGUUUCCCACGGCGUCCAGUGGCCAACGCUCCUCGAUGCGCUGGCUCGCAACCCCGGCGGCGCGCCGAAACUCGUCCGCCUCGCUGUCGCCGGCGGGGCGGCGCCUCCCGGACCAUUCUCCGUGGCGCCGCCAGGGUACGACUUCCAGUCCCACCUCCUCCGCUACGCCAGAUCGAUCGAUCUCAACCUACGGAUCGACCACACCGAAGAUCUCGGCGCGGGGUCCGUGGCUCUCACCGUCGGCGAGACCCUAGUCGUCUGCGUCCAAUUCCGGGCGGGCCAUGGCAGCGCCGACGAUCGCACAACGUUCCUCCGAUCGAUACGGGAAUUAGAACCCGACCUCGUGGUCCUGAGCGAGAUCGACGGCAGCGGCGGCGGCGGCGAAGUAGGGUUCCCGGCUGGGUUCGCGAGGAACGCAGAGCUGCUGUGGAGGUUCCUUGACUCGACGAGCGCGGCGUUCAAGGGGAGGGAGAGCGCUGAGAGGCGGGUGUUGGAGGGGGAGGCAGCGAGGUUUCUGGAGACGACGGCUGAGGCGGCGGCGGCCGAAGGGCGAGAUCUGUGGCGGGAGAGGAUGGCUGCGGUGGGGUUCCGAGAGGAGGCAUUCGGGGAGGAGGCGCUGGAUGCGGGGAGGGCUCUCCUGCGGAAGUACGACGGGAACUGGGAGAUGAGGGCGGCGCCGGCGGAGGCGGCGGUGGGGCUGCGGUGGAAGGGGCACCCGGUGUCUUUCUGUUCCCUGUGGAAGCCUCACAGGAGAAACUAAAAAAUUAGCGCUGUGAUGAACAAUCGAUCGGAUCGUGACCGUCCGACUGGUGAUCUCUUAGCACGGAAAAUGGAGCGCGUUGUUUCGACACUGGAGCGCAGAUGAAGCGAUGGAACCUAUCCCAAAAAUACAAAUGUGGCUCGAUGUACAUAAUGUGGCCCAGACCAUGUGCCGUAGUUCUCCAUGUUCAAUUAGGCUCGAUGUUAUAUUUAGGGAUCCAUCUUUAGUUCAAAUAACUAUCGAAUUCGAAUCAGCUUAGCCUACUGAGACUACCCCUCCUAA